CGCGUGUCAUAACACUAGUUGACCUAUAUGUCGUGUAUUCAUCUACUUCUAAAGUCAAACAAGUCAAUAGUGUUCUAUUUUUUCCCGUUCACGAAUCAGAGGGGAAAAAAAAAAUCAAAUUGGGAGGUUCCUAACGGCGGCAUGGAAGUGAACGGGGACGACGGCGAACCAGCGGCGAAAUCUCCAGCUGAAGAAGAAAUGACUACAUUUUCUCGCCACAAUUUCGGAAAUUCUGGAAACACCGACGACGGCUUCUCCGUCACCAUCAUCGAGAACAUGAAAGAAGAGUACGGUUUAUUCGUAUGGCCUUGCAGUAUUGUUCUAGCCGAGUACAUUUGGCAACAAAAAUCACGCUUUACUGGCGCUACUGUGGUUGAGCUUGGGGCAGGGACCUCGUUGCCUGGGCUGGUUGCUGCAAAAGUGGGUGCAGUUGUAACGCUCACUGAUGAUUCAAGCAGAGUGGAGGUGGUCACUCAUAUGAGAAGACAAUGCGACUUAAAUGAUAUCAAGUGCAAGAUACGUGGACUUACCUGGGGUGUGUGGGAUGCACAAACCUUCUCUCUGUGCCCAAACAUUAUCCUUGGAGCUGAUGUCCUAUAUGACAGUUGUGCCUUUGAUGAUCUCUUUGCAACUGUGACAUUUUUACUCCAGAAUUGCCCAUCAUCCGUCUUUAUUACUACAUAUCAUAACAGAAGUGGGCAUCACCUAAUUGGAUUCUUGAUGGUGAAAUGGGGCCUGAAGUGUGUUAAGCUUCUUGAUGGGUUCUCAUUCAUGCCAUCACACAAGACGUCUAGUUUGAGUGGUAACAUUCAAUUGGCUGAGAUUAUUUUGGACGCAGCAAACAGAGACGAUACAAAAUUGAUGUGACUGAACUCAAGUGUGAUGGUGCCAAAUACUAGGUCCUGCUUACAUAUUUUACUUCUUCCAUUGUUGUAAUCGUUCAGGUUUCGAUGUAAAUAACUUGUGAUCAACUAAUCAUCACCUGCACAUCAAUAGAAGUGACCAGUGCAUUUGUGUCCUCUCUUUCUGUGUGCUUUUUCUGGGGGAAAGGAAACUUACUAUCACCAUUGCAUCUCUCGCAGCAAAGGCUAAAAUAUCUGAACAUGAGACUAUGCUGUGGCAAAGAGCUUCAACUGCUUUCUUCACAUUAUCAAUGACUUAGAAUGCAAGCAAAGAAGCAUUAGAGGGACCAUCUUUUUCUGCCAAGUUCUUUCCCUUGGAGUUCAGCAUAACAGAAGCAUCACAAACCUUCAAGAAGGUUCAUGGGGUAAAAAUGAACAAUUUGCUUAGCAAUGGGAGGGAAAAGUGUGAGAAAGUGUAACUAUUAUAUGGAUGAAACAUCAUGAAAUGCAUCCUAAGACAGGCACUGUUUUCUCCAUCUUUGACGGGUCGGCAUGAGAACAUGUUUUAGCGUAGUAAUUUGAACUAAGGGCAUUCCCUUGACUCUUUAAGGUAGAUGGCAAAACAAGUAAUGAGCUCAACUAUGCAACAAAAUACGCCAUUGGCUCUAUAUGCCUACUAGGAACUCUAGACCAAAGUUGUGUAAUUGCUUUGGAAUUUGUUGAUAAAAAAUGGUUGGUGAAAACAGUGAAUUUGGUUG